CGUGUCAUUUCCCCUUAAUAGUCAAAUUCCAUUUCCCCAUCACUUUUAAAACAUAGUAACGAAACGUACGUUAUAUUUUCAUUUUAAAGUUUUAACUAUAGAGAAUAUGGUAACGGUAAGUGUCGUUUAGUGAGUUUUCGCCAAUUUUUUUGAUUUUACAUUUGCCUUUUAAUACCGUUGAGUUAACGUGCACACCGAAGAAGAUGGAAGCUCAACAGAAAACUUUGGAUUGUUUUAUAAAAAGUCGAAAACGACCUGCCAUAGAUGACGGCAUACACAAAAAGGGGUUGAUUAACUCCAGUAAAAUAAUUGAAGUCGUUAAACCUAGCAGACAAUUAGUAUUUGAUGAUAUAGGAGCUGUACCAGUAUCAAUCAAAAAACAAAAGACUCAAGCAGCCGUCACUGAAACACCAAUGUUAAGUGAAACACCUACCAAGGCAUGUAUUAAAAAUGUCAUUAUUGAAGGAAAUGAAAGCAAAAAUGAUAGUGAAGAAAAUGAACCUAUUACCCCAGAUCAAUCUCCAUCAACCAAGGCACAGUUACGAAAAGACUUGGAUUUGGGCGAGUUUCGUAAAAUUGUUCUUAGAAAGCAGAAUCUUCGAAAGUUGCAAGAAAAACUUAAUAACGUUGAGCAAUGUCAAAACGAAUUGUCAUCUGCCAGUAAUAAAGUAGAAACUGCUAAAAAACAUUACUUAUCUUCCUUUAAAUCUGUUGAUUUAAUGGUUGACACUAGUCCUGUAAAAAUGGGCUUAAGUCCAAUCAAAAGGCAAAAUUUGAAGCCCACUGCAUUGUUUGCUAGUCCUGCUCAAAUAAUGGUCAGCCCUCGAAAAAUGAUGAUGACUUCUCAAAGUCCGCAAGCCAAAGAGUAUGUUUCACCUAGGAAAUUAUUAGAUGAAGUUGGGUCACUUUUAGCUAUGUCCCCAUCUAAAAAGUGUAUUGCACUAGCCGAUUCUAAAACAUUACCUUUGCCUUACAAAUAUCGCAUUUUGGACGAACUAUUUAAGGCUAUGGAAACAGUCACCUCGAUGAUGUUUAGUCGUAAAGAGAAAAUAACCUUCAGCAAACUUAAACGAGGUGUUCAACAAAUGACUAGAAAAAAUUUCACAGAACUACAUUUAGCACAAAUCAAGACUGUAGUGCCAGAUUUUUAUACUUUUUCAUUAGUUAGAUCUCCUAAAGACAAGACUAGUUUUGAGCUAAUAAUAGCUCCGACUUAUGGUUCUGCCAAAGAAAGUAAUAUCGACUUGAUCGAGUUGACAACACACAGGAAAAAAAGAUUCACAAAUUCUUUACUUGACAUAGUAAAAGAACAUCAUAGAGAAUAUUUGAUCCAUCUAAUACCGCCUAUUGUAAUUGACAAAGAUAAAAUAACAAGAUGGCAUCCUGAAUUUGAUGUAGAAUGUGUACCUGAUAUUAAUCCGUCCCCGUUACCCAAAAUUGAAGUUAGCAAAUCUAAAAUUGCUUCUGCAAAAGAUAUAUUAGAUCAAUCGCAUGCUUUGUUUACUCAAAAUAACCGAUUACAUAGAACAUUAACAACGAUGAAAGAAGAAAAAGAAACUAAGCCUGAAAAAAAAAUAGUAACAGAAGAUGCCAAAAAUGCUCUAAACAGUGCACUGAAAGGCAUUCCAAAAUCAUUGUUAUUGAAGAUUCAAGCUAAACAAGCUGAAAAAGCCAAAGAACUAAUGACAAGAACUGUGAAUCAAUUAGAUGAAGAUAGAAUGAUGAGCAGACUACCUGAUAUUGCACGCAGAAUACGUACUUAUUUCGUGCAACUACAGCGAAACAUUAUGCCUUUUAAAAAAGUUAUUAACCAACUGAAACAAAGUUACCCUGAAGCCAUGGCUGAAGAAAACUGGAAAGUUCAUUUAAAUCUGCUUCAAGAAAAAGUUCCUAAGUGGAUAACAUUAAAAGUAUUAGAUGGUAUUGAGCAUGUUAGAGUUGACAAAACAAUCCCCUUUGAAGAAUCUGUAAUAAAAACAUUAAAUAAUCAUUUUGCAGACUAAAAUUUACUCACAAUUUGCUUAGUUAGUAAACCAUUAUACAACACUACUAUAAAAUGAAUUACAAUUAUUCACAACCAAAUGGCCACCUUUCUUAAUAUUAUCAUUUAUUAACUUUUUGUAUGUUAAUAAUUUUUUGCAUUCCUCUUAGUAGAUUAUAACUGUAAAGUAGUGUCAUACUUUUAAAAUAAUUAAUGUGAUGAAAAUCGUUCUUGUUCCAAAAUGUUAUAAAAUUGUAACCAAUUUUUAUGUAAUACUUUUAAAUUGAUAUUGGUGGUUUAGUGUAUUUUUUUUUAUUUUUAAAUUUGUACAUGUAUUUGUAACAACAUCUAGUUUUUAAAUAUGUAAAUUUUAAGAGCGAUUUUAAUAUGCAUUUAUGUUGCUUCACUACCGUCGAAUUAUUUUAAGUAAAAUUUAGUGCAGAUUUCAAUCAACCGAAAAUUGAAACAUUGUUUUGCACUCAAAUUUUAUUCAUACUUCAAAUAAACAAAGACUGUCGACAA